UUCUUCUUCUUCUUCUUCUUCUUAAGUAAGAUGAACCGAAGUACGAGCAAGGACGAGAUUCGGAAAGGCCCGUGGAAGGCCGAGGAAGAUGAAAUCCUCCUUAACCAUGUGAGGAGGUACGGCCCUCGUGACUGGAGCUCCAUUCGAUCCAAAGGCCUCCUCCAGCGCACUGGCAAGUCCUGUCGCCUCCGUUGGGUCAACAAGCUCCGCCCCAACUUGAAGAAUGGGUGCAAGUUUACACCGGAGGAAGAGAGGAUAGUCAUAGAGCUGCAGGCACAGUUCGGGAACAAGUGGGCACGCAUCGCCACUUACUUGCCUGGGAGGACCGACAACGAUGUGAAGAACUUCUGGAGCAGCCGGCAGAAAAGGCUUGCCCGCAUUCUGCAGACAUCAGCUGCUUCUUCAUCAUCCUCUUCCUCCAAGUCCCUCAGAACCAAAAGGAAUGUUCCAGUCCGCCGCAAUACUGUUCCAUCUAUGGAGAUAGCAACACUACCUUUUUUUGGGGAGGAACCAGAGCAACCAUGUCCGAAGCCUCAGCGUCGCUCUGCUGAGGACUCCGAGACCCUCAAAGCUGCGUCCUUGCCGGAAUUGGAGAUCCCAAACUCGCUUAAUGACAAUCCGAUUUGUGCCAACUCUCAAGAACUCUUUCCUCCAAUACUGCAAGCCCCUGAAGCGGGUAUGACGUUCCUUCCAGGGGGCAAUGAUUUUCUCGGGAGACUCGAGGAUUCCAACUUAUUCGAUGCAUUUGAACCCAUUGGGGCCGUCAGCGGGAUCGGAGAGGCCGAUCAGUUUCCUGGGGAACUGCCUUUCUUCGAGCUGUCAGGAGGUUUUAGGACCAGUAAUCUGGACAACUUCUUCGACGACUUUCCGACGGACAUGCUGGAUGAUGUGGGUUCACCUGCUAGCCCGCCAAGGCCGUAGCUUGCAGACUAGGCCAAUGGCGAAUAAUUUGUCGGAGUAGAUGCAGAUGGCAAACUUCUUUUUUUUUUUUUUUUAACUUCAGUAGUUACUAAUUUUGGAAUCCUUGUUAUUGUCAUGUACUCUAAAAUCAAAUUCUCACGCAU